UGGUUAAGACAUUAUGUUCCUAUAAUUAAAAAUAAAACAAAGGAAGCUUUAAAUAAUAGGGAUUGGUUAUUUCAAAGAAUUUUAACUAUAGUUAAAGAAAGAAGAAAAGAAAUUGAAGAAAUUCAUGAUAAUAAAUUAUUAAAUAAUGAUAUGUUAACUUUACUUAUAAUAGCUAAUACGGAAAGAGAUAUUAAAGAAAAUUAUUCAAAAUCAAAUGAAGAGAAAUUUUCAAGACCUAUGACAGAUCAAGAGAUAAUGUCAGUAAUAUUAGAUUCAUUUAUUGGAGGAAGUGAUACGACAUCACAUUUUAUGUGUUUCAUUGUUUAUCGUAUCGCAAAAAAUUCUAAAGUUUUAAAUCGAUUAAGAGAAGAACUUGAUUCAAUAUAUGGACAAAAUCGUACGAGACAAGUUACUCCCGAAGAUUUAAUUAAAUUAAAAUAUACAGAAGCGAUUAUAAAAGAAACUGCUCGAAUAUUACCUGUAUCACCAAUUAUAUUAAGAUUUAAUAGUGAAGAUGAUGAAAUUGCGGGAUAUAAAUGGCCAAGAAAUACAGCAUUUACUAUGCAUUUUGCAGGAAUUCAUCAUAAUAAAAGAUAUUGGAAAGAUCCCGAAGAAUUUAAUCCAGAUCGGUUCAUGUUUAAUGAAGAGAUUAAAAAUUCUUUAAUAAUUUUUGGGGGUGGAUUAAGAGCUUGUCCUGCUCGAAGAAUGUCAAUGAUCGUGUUAAAAUGUUUAAUAGUUUUAAUAUUUAGAAAAUAUGAUAUUGAAUUGAUUGAUAAGGAUGCUCCUUUAGAUUAUUCGAGUACAAUAAUUAAUACUUGUAACAAAUUAUAUAUUAAAAUGAACCCAAGAAAAGAUUAGAGGGGACGGGCCGACGGGGGUAUCACGACUAAUGUGACAAUAUUCAUAAAUAUUUAUUAUUGUAACCGCAUGAUAACCUAUAAACCCUUGAAAAAUAAACCAUUUCGGAAAUUUUAAUUUUUUUUACGAAACUUCAAAAGAUCACUCAUAAACAAUAUAACCAAUACAAUGCUUUUUACUUUUUUAUUACAAAAUACGUGAUUUACAUGUAAAAAUCAGAAUCCACUAAGGAGUAAAAAAAGAAAAGCAGAAAGAUCAUACCUUUUUUGGGAAGUUACGUAUCCAAAAUGGCAGGUACA